AUGUCGCUCGUCUCGGGGGAGAAGACGAACUUCCAGUUCAUCCUUCGUCUUCUGAACACCAACGUUCGUGGCCAGGAGAAGGUCAUGUACGCCCUCACCAAGAUUGGUGGUGUCGGCCGUCGUUACUCCAACAUUGUGUGCAAGAAGGCCGAUGUCGACCUGAACAAGCGCGCCGGUGAGCUCACCUCGGAAGAGCUCGAGCGUAUCGUCACCAUCAUCCAGAACCCCACCCAGUACAAGAUCCCCGCGUGGUUCCUCAACAGACAGCGCGAUAUCGUCGACGGCAAGGACAGCCAGAUCCUCGCCAACGGUGUCGCCUCCAAGCUCCGCGACGAUCUCGAGCGCCUCAAGAAGAUCCGCGCCCACCGUGGUCUCCGUCACUACUGGGGCCUCCGUGUCCGUGGUCAGCACACCAAGACCACCGGUCGCCGCGGCCGUACCGUCGGUGUCUCCAAGAAGAAGGGUGGCUAA